AUGGAUGACGAUUAUGUCGCCCAGGUCCUUGCUAAAGAGGCGCGGGACAGCUCUCAGAAGUACUCGACUGAGGGUGUAGGCGCCUAUAUGCCUCGCAAACCGGCAGGCAACGCUCCUAAGCCAAAUACCCGAUUCCUUCGUCAUCUUAUUAAAGAGACGGAUAGUCACAACACGGCACUCAAACGCAAAGAAGAGGGGGAUGCCAAGAAACGCAUGCAGGAGCUUAAAGGCCAGACUACCGCUGCAUCAAAAUCCACAUCUCGCAGAGGGCAUCAUUUAGACCGCGCCCGAGACUCGGAGAAGCCAGGCAGAGACGACCGCAAGGAACGACACCGAUCCUCUCGGCGAAGACAUCGAAGCCGCUCUACAUCUACCGACAGAGAUCGUUCACGACGACAUCGACGAAGGGACGAAGAUACAAGGGACAGACAUAGAGAUACCGAUCGGGAGCGCACCGAACGGCGACGGGAACGCCACAGACACGAGUCUUCUCGAAAAGACCGGAGAGAAAGAGAGAGAUCCUACUCAAGAUCUCGCAGUCGAUCGCCACGCAAAGAGCGUAGCUCCCGAUCCCACCGCAGCGAACGAUCCCGUCGAUCCGAGUCCCCUCCUCACCGAUCAUCCCAUUCACACCGCACACCACGAGAAUCGGACCGACGAUCUCAACAUAAUGAUAAUAAAUCCUCUCGCCAACACCGGCUGUCUCCUCCUGAACCAUCAGUAAACCGCAGACGAAAAUCCCCGACCCCACCCACAUUACGACCAGUUGAGUCCGACGACGAGUCAGAUCCCCUGGAAGAUCUUGUCGGGCCCCUCCCAGCCAACGAAGCGCCCGUUCGCUCACGAGGCCGUGGCGCCUACAAAGCCAAUACCAGCAAUAUUGACUCACACUUUGCAUCAGACUACAACCCUGCACUCGAUAUUCAGCCGGACCAUGACGAUGAACGCACAGCAACCAAGGCCACCCGUCGCGCAGUCUCGGGCCUCAUGACUGGCGAUGAUGAUUGGGAUACUGCUAUGGAGGCAUUACGGGACCGUGCGCGUUGGAGACAGAAGGGCGAGGAGAGAUUGCGAGCUGCUGGGAUCGGAGAAGAGACAAUUGGUCGGUGGAAGACUGAAUCUGCUCCUUCCUCUGGCGUGACUGGGGAGCGUGAUGUCGAGGAUGUCCGCUGGUCCAAGAAGGGUGAGGGGCGUGAGUGGGAUCGGGGGAAGUUUGUGGAUGACGAUGGACAUAUUGGUGUCCGAGCUGCCUGGCCCUAG